AAGUUUAGGGUUAGGCAUAAGGUUAUCAGUGAGGUUAAGGUUAGCGUUAGGCUUAACGUUUGAUUUUAAUAAGAUAAAUUGAAGAAAUAGGCGGGGUUUAGCCAUGGUUAUGACUUUGUCGCUGUGGUAACUAGUGACGACCGUGGAUCGGGAAGUAUAGCGCCAUAAACACGGUACAGAUGUCAGUAGGAAUGGUCUAAACACCCAAGAAGAGCGAACUGGUAUUUUUUUGUGAGUUUGUAGAUAAUCACUCUUCACCAAAUGACGAACUGAAAAGGGGUCUGUUUGUCAACUCCCACUGAGAAGAAUGAAGGGGUUAUUCCUGGUAGAGCCACUGGUAGCCUUCUAUUCCUUUGCCAGUUUCCUGGUCUACCCCUUGGUACAACAGUAUGUGUACAGGAGACUAUGGCAGGAGCUGACCAACACCACCUACCCUGUCUCUGACAACACCUCACGCUGCGAUCCUUCCAACACCAGCAGCCACCAUGAGGAGGUCCAGAAGGCGGCGUCUCUCUUCUCCCUCUACACCGAGCUCUUCUCCAUGAUCCCCUCCCUGGCAGUCACCCUCAUCCUCGUCGCCUACAGCGACCAGCGCGGACGCAAGAUCACCAUCAUCCUGCCUCUGAUUGGCUCUCUGUUCUACGUCCUGUCUUUCCUGGCCGUCUCCUUCUUCGAGCUCGACCUCUACCUCCUCAUCGUCUCGUCGUUCGUCAGCGCCCUGUUCGGGGGCUCGGGGACGUUCCUGGGUGGUUGUUUCUCGUACAUCGCUGACCUGUGUGAAGACGGACAGCAGAAGACCCUGCGUAUGGCCGGGGUGGACAUGGUGAUCGGCCUGCUGUCUGGAGUGGCCUCUCUCUCUACGGGAUACUUCCUCCAAGCAGCAGGUUUCAACUGGCCCUUCUUCACCUCUGCUCUGUUCCACUGUUUCAACCUGCUCUAUGCCGUCUUCAUCCUGGAGGAGACGCUCCAACGACCUCCAGAUGACCCCCUGGACGGAUCUCCGCGCCGCACCGCCAUGCGUCAGCUGGCCUGCGGGGUCUACCAGUUGUUUGCAGGGGCCAGCAGGAGGCGCAAUAUCCUCCUGGUGCUCCUCUUGCUCCUCUUCUGCUCCUUCUCCUUCGCCAACAUGGGCGGGCUCUCCAUGAUCACGCUGUACGAGCUCAACCAGCCGCUGUGCUGGACCGAGAUCCUGAUUGGCUACGGCUCGGCGCUGUCCACCACGGUGUUCCUGACCAGCUUCGUGGGCGUGACGGUGUUCUCUCGCUGCGGCGUGCCCGACCUCGUCAUCAUUCUCAUAGGGAUCCUGAGUGUCAUGGUGGGUAUGACCCUGGUGGCCUUCGCCAAGACCACGCUCAUGAUGUUCCUGGUGAGGCUUCCAAUGCUGCUGGCUAUCAUGCCGUUCCCCGUGCUGAGAUCCAUGAUGUCAAAGAUCGUAUCAAAGAACGAGCAGGGAGCGUUGUUUGCGUGCUUGGCGUGCCUGGACAGUGUGAGCAUCAGUGUGGCGAUAGCUGUGUUCAGUAGUCUCUACGCUGCCACGGUAAACUGGUACCCUGGAUUCUGCUUCCUGUUGUCUGCUGGACUCUGUGUCAUCCCCUUGGCAAUGCUAGCGGGUGUGGGGCUGCUGGGAGUAGAAGAAGGUAAAGAGGCCAAGGAGACUGAGGCCCUCAUCCCUGGAGAGGAAGGUCUCGCUGGGGACGAGAACGACAAUCCUCCCCUCACCUGAGACUGGAGUCCCGGAGUUGGAAGACAGGAAACUGGUGCACGUUUCACUUUUCUCUCUCUGUGUCAACGUCUGUUCUGACAGACAGCGCUACACUCUUAAUCCUCUGAGUAUAAAGCCAUCGGAGAGAUAGGAUUACCUCAGGUCAACUGCUCUGCUAUAAAGCCCUUUAGCAAAUAUGCACUAUUAGCACGCGUGUCACCUACUUACAACCUUGGAACCUUGGGCAGAAACAUUUUUAAAGGAAAUACAAUGUGUGAAUAUGUGCUAUGUUUAACUAUGUUUUUAAAAAAGUACAUGUUUUCAGAGCUAUUCAACUCUUACCCUACGAGGUCCUGAUUCCUGCUGGUUUUCUGUUCUACUUGAUAAUAAUUGCACUCACCUGUUGUCCCAGGUUACAGGUGUAACUAUGGGAGAAAAGCAAUGGAACUGGCUUCCAGGUCUCUACUGUAUAUAGGGCACUACUUUUGACCUGAUCCCUAUGCGCCCUGGUCAAAAGUAGUGCACUAUAUAGGGAAUAGGGUGCCAUAGGGCUCCGGUCAAAAUAUAGUGCACUAUAUAGGGACUAGGGUGCCAUUUUAGGGCACAUAUUUAUGUUUUUAAUAAUUGAUGCAGUCAUUCCAAUGCAUCUUAAAUCUAAUAUAAGGUUUAACUAGGUUUGUUUUGGGGGGUUAUGAGUGGAAUGAAAUAAUGAGAUCCUCCCAUCACUCAUCAUGGUGGAAUAAUGAGAUCCUCUUAUCACUCAGCAUGGUGGAAUAAUGAGAUCCUCUUAUCACUCAUCAUUGUGGACUAAUGAGAUCCUCCUAUCACUCAUCAUGGUGGAAUAAUGAGAUCCUCUUAUCACUCAUCAUGGUGGAAUAAUGAGAUCCUCUUAUCACUCAUCAUGGUGGAAUAAUGAGAUCCUCUUAUCACUCAUCAUGGUGGAAUAAUAAGAUCCUCUUAUCACUCAUCAUGGUGGAAUAAUAAGAUCCUCUUAUCACUCAUCAUGGUGGAAUAAUGAGAUCCUCCUAUCACUCAUCAUGGUGGAAUAAUGAGAUCCUCUUAUCACUCAUCAUGGUGGAAUAAUGAGAUCCUCUUAUCACUCAUCAUGGUGGAAUAAUGAGAUCCUCUUAUCACUCAUCAUGGUGGAAUAAUGAGAUCCUCUUAUCACUCAUCAUGGUGGAAUAAUGAGAUCCUCUUAUCACUCAUCAUGGUGGACUAAUGAGAUCCUCUUAUCACUCAUCAUGGUGGAAUAAUGAGAUCCUCUUAUCACUCAUCAUGGUGGAAUAAUAAGAUCCUCUUAUCACUCAUCAUGGUGGAAUAAUAAGAUCCUCUUAUCACUCAUCAUGGUGGAAUAAUGAGAUCCUCCUAUCACUCAUCAUGGUGGAAUAAUGAGAUCCUCUUAUCACUCAUCAUGGUGGAAUAAUGAGAUCCUCCUAUCACUCAUCAUGGUGGAAUAAUGAGAUCCUCUUAUCACUCAUCAUGGUGGAAUAAUGAGAUCCUCCUAUCACUCAUCAUGGUGGAAUUGUACGUUUUGUUGUGAUGCUGUACAGUAUACGUACAGGUUACACAGUGUAGACUAACCCAUCCCUAUCAUUAUCCAUAUCAUAAUCCCUAUCAUUAUCCAUAUCAUUGCAGAAGGUAAAUUAGCAAAUUGAUUGUUGCAUUUUUCGGUACGUACAAUUACUCCGAUUCCUAGAACAUCUUGGGGAAAAAAAUGUCAUAUUGGCUGGAUAUCUAACAAAGUGUAAAGGAAUAUUGGUCAGAUGUCUAACAGACAGAAAGUAAUAGCAGUAGUCUGCGUACUAGGGUGUUUUCAAGUGUCUAUGCCGUAUUAGCAGGUUUAGGGUAGCCUCCCUGUGCACAGAUGGGUAGUCUAUGGGUCACGCCCAUGUGUUUGUUCCACCUACCCGCUUAUAACAACCUGUUCAGCACUUUCUCAAUGUUUUCUCACAGAAACACAACAUGAAAGACUUGUGUAGACGCUCAAGGAACGACACGUUCUGUCUGGCCUGUGUAAUGGAUUCUGUCUGGCCUGUGUAAUGGAUUCUGUCUGGCCUGUGUAAUGGAUUCUCUCUGGCCUGUGUAAUGGAUUCUCUCUGGCCUGUGUAAUGGAUUCUGUCUGGCCUGUGUAAUGGAUUCUGUCUGGCCUGUGUAAUGGAUUCUCUCUGGCCUGUGUAAUUGGAUUCUCUCUGGCCUGUGUAAUGGAAUUCUGUCUGGCCUGUGUAAUGGAUUCUGUCUGGCCUGUGUAAUGGAUUCUGUGUGGCCUGUGUAAUGGAUUCUGUCUGGCCUGUGUAAGGAAUUCUGUCUGGCCUGUGUAAGGAAUUCUGUCUGGCCUGUGUAAUGACUCGUUAGCCUCCCGGUGAGCCAAACUGGUUGAAAAGACCAGUUUUAUCUCACCAGGCUAGUCCCAGGUCUGUUUUGUGUUCUUUCCAAUUCCAUUGCUGUCAUUGUCAAUGAUGUCACAAACCUCUGUCUCUCAGGCUAAUGACAUGAUGUCACAAACCGCUGUCUCUCAGGCUAAUGACAUGAUGUCACAAACCGCUGUCUCUCAGGCUAAUGACAUGAUGUCACAAACCUCUGUCUCUCAGGCUAAUGACAUGAUGUCACAAACCUCUGUCUCUCAGGCUAAUGACAUGAUGUCACAAACCUCUGUCUCUCAGGCUAAUGACAUGAUGUCACAAACCUCUGUCUCUCAGGCUAAUGACAUGAUGUCACAAACCUCUGUCUCUCAGGCUAAUGACAUGAUGUCGCAAACCUCUGUCUCUCAGGCUAAUGACAUGAUGUCACAAACCUCUGUCUCUCAGGCUAAUGACAUGAUGUCACAAACCUCUGUCUCUCAGGCUAAUGACAUGAUGUCACAAACCGCUGUCUCUCAGGCUAAUGACAUGAUGUCACAAACCUGUCUCUCAGGCUAAUGACAUGAUGUCACAAACCUCUGUCUCUCAGGCUAAUGACAUGAUGUCACAAACCUCUGUCUCUCAGGCUAAUGACAUGAUGUCGUUGAGUUAAACUGAAUGCUGGUUGACACAUCAACUUCCCUGUUACAAUAGUUAUUUUUCUUCCACUUCCAUUGAUUAACCACAUUGAUCAAUAACUCAGAAAUGAUCAACUGAUCAUGUAAAAAAAACAGCAUAGUCAAAUGGAUGCAAAGGACAGUAUUGGGGAAAUACGACUUUAGGUACAAAUGUUUAUUUUUAAUUUUUAUUUUGAGCCAUUGGUUGUGUGUUGUUUUAAUGUUUUAUAUAAUUUAAGAAUGCCACAAAUGUUUAAGUAACUGUAACAAAACAAAAAGUUUUAUUAAAAAUAAAGAAGUGUCCACAAUGUCUGACGGACUUUAUGAAAGUC